AUGUGUGGUAUUCUAGCAUGUUGUACUUGCCCCCAAUUAAUACGGCACACCGUCGAUUCCCAAGCCGCCGAGCUUAACGGGGUAGCCAGCGUCGACAGACGACAGACACAAGACAGCGAGGACGGCCGAACAGCGACAAAAGCUGAAAUUGCAUCUCUUUCAAAGAAUUUGCAAGAUGGAAUUAAUGACAUUCAGCAUCGCGGUCCAGAUGGAUCGGGCGUUUGGAUAAGCAAAAACGGACAUGUUGGUCUCGCACACUGUCGAUUGUCAAUCAACGACCUCUCGACCAAUGGAUCGCAGCCAUUGCACAGUGAUGACGGAGAGAUACACGCAGUUGUCAACGGAGAGAUAUAUGACCAUGACCGCUUGAGGCAAGAGUGUGGUGAGAAGUAUGGCUACAGGUUUUCCAGCGACAGUGACAGCGAGUUGGUCAUUGCAUUGUAUAAAAUUUAUGGAUGCCCUGGCCUAUUUCAGCACCUUCGUGGCGAAUUUGCCUUUGUUCUCCAUGAUGAUAGAGAGGGCUUUAAACGAACCAUCGCGGGCCGAGAUCGAUUCGGUAUAAAGCCACUGCUCUGGACUACAGUGUCCGAACAGGUUCUCUUCGCAUCCGAGGCAAAGGCAUUCAUGGCUAUGGGCUGGGAGCCAGAAUGGGACGUUCGUGGAAUCUCGGACUGUGGUUGGUUGGUUGACGACAGGACAAUCUUCAAAGGCGUGAAGAAGCUCAUGCCUGGCCACUGGAUGGAGGUGACUGACAAGCAUGGCGUGCAAAUCAACAAGUACUGGGAUGCUGAGUAUCCUGACAAAACCGAGCCUGAUGUCCGAAGUAUCGAUGACAUGGUGCUCGGAGUUCGUGAACGACUCGUUGAGUCAGUUCGCCUUCGUUUACAGGCAGAUGUGCCGGUAGGCAUAUACUUGUCGGGUGGCAUUGAUUCGUCUACGAUUGCAGGCAUUGCCGCAGAUCUUGUGAAGGAACAGAAUGUUCCAAUUGGAAAUGAAGAAUCUAGACGCAUUUCCUGCUUUAGUAUCCGGUUCGGCGAGGAGUCAGAGUACGACGAAACAGCCAUCGCUGACCGAACUGCCAAGUGGCUCGGCGUUGAGUGCUUCAAGCUGAACUUGGACGAGCAAGCGCUGUCAGACAAUUUUGCCGAGGCGGCUUACCACUGCGAGCACCACCAUUUUGAUCUCAAUGCCGUCGGAAAAUUCUGCCUGUCGGAAUUCACACGCCAGCAUGGCGUAAAGGCUGUCUUGACUGGGGAAGGCUCCGACGAACACUUUUGCGGAUACCCCAGCUUUGCGACCGAGUUCCUUCGUGAGCCGGAUUUGACAAUGCUUAGGUCUGCUCCGUCCGAGGAUCUCGAGUUCGGAGAGGCACUUUGCAAAACCGCCCACGCGGAGACGAGUGCCACUUGGCGACCACAGGCCAGCAAGUCCGAAAUGGCAGGGACGAUGCCCGUUAACGACAGCAGCACAAUGCCCGACAGUCUUUUGGCAUGGCAACCUCCAAAGCACGUGUACCAAGAAUGGAUACACGAAGAGUACGGGGAUGAGUGGGAUAGCCGAAAGACCCUGAUGGCGUCUCAUUCAAACGACGUCCUUGAGAAACUAAGCAGCAAAUGGCACCCAAGCAACUCUGCCAUGUACCUGUGGAACAAGAGCAUCUUAAUAAACGUCAUCUUGUCCUGUUUGGGCGACCGUGCAGAAAUGGCGCACAGCAUUGAGGGACGUACGCCAUUUCUUGAUCACCAACUCGCAGAAUAUGUAAACGCUCUGCCGCCCAGCAUCAAGAUCAUGUACGCACCGACAGAAAUAAAUGGUGUAGCUAGCCGGCCUGCUGGGUCUGCUCUACAGAGCCUUACGGAGAAAUGGAUUCUUCGUGAAGCCGCUCGUCCCUAUAUUACCGACGAGCUGUACAACCGCAAAAAGGUUACCUUUUGGGCACCAACGAACUGGCCCAAGAACGGGCCGUUGCACAAAAUGUUUAGCAGUCUGCUGACGAGAGAAACUGUUGAGAACCUAGGUUUCGUUGAUUACGAAGUCAUUGAAAGGGCUUUGGAUGCGGGUUUUGGGGAUAAUACCGACGCGGCGUCGUUUCGCAUUGUUUGUUACACAGCUGGCUGGGUGACAAUCUCUCAGAAGUUUGGCAUUAGGAAGGCCACAAUGAUGGAAUUUGAUUAA